CAGGACGGACCCGGCUACGCUGCGGACGCCUCACUCGGCGCGCGCACACGAAAACAAAACAAAAACAACUGACAGUGGACGAGUGAUAAAACUGUGUACCUAGUGAUAUCGUGAUGUUGGCUGAAUUGUUCUAAAUUUUCGGGAUUCGCGAAGUGCGCCGGCGCUUUCAUGUAACUGAUAAGUUGUAAUUGUUGCGUGAUAACAGAAUAUAAACACAGAAAGUGCCCGGCAAAGGAUGAGGAGUAAAUAUUGGAUGGGACGGUUUGAGCCAGAUAUAGUGAAACCAACAGCAGGAUGACCUGGCGCUGGGCACUGGUGUUGACGUGCCUAGCAUGGGGCGCGCUGGGCGGCGAGCCGGUGUUCGACCCGACCACGCUGAUGCGGCUCGUCCUGGUGCCGGCUGACGCGGCCGUCGGCUCCGUCAUCUAUAGGGUGCGCGCCUCCGAUCCCGACUUCGAUUAUCCGCUGCACUUUGAGCUGAUAGGUCAAAUGGGUCGUUUGGACAUCGGCGUCGAGACAUUGCCAUGCACCCGCUACAACUCCGUGUGCCAAGCCAACGUGAUCCUCCUCCGGCGACUCGAGCCCGGGCGCUACGUGGACUUCAGGCUGUCCGUGAGGAACACCAGGGGCCGCAGCAGCAGGAUCGCCUGCUCCAUCACCGGGACCAAUGCGACCACCCCGAGGGACACCAUAUUCCCGCACCAGCCACCUAUCGUCUUGGUGCCUGAGGACGCAAAGCGAGGCACGGACCUGGAGUUCGUGAUCGCGAGGAAGAACCCUCUGUCGCCGAAGCCUUUGGAACUGGAAUUAUGGGGAUCACCUCUGUUCGCGAUUCGACAGCGCCGCGUCUCUCCUGAGAACACCGAGGGUCAGAUAUUCCUCGUCGGGCCACUAGACUUCGAAGCACAGUCCAUGUACCACUUGACGCUAUUAGCCGUGGACCCAUAUGUGGAGAUAGGGAAAGACACGAGAAAUAUAGCCAGCUUGGAGGUUGUGGUGGUAAUCCAGGACGUCCAGGACAUGCCUCCCGUGUUCACGUCGGCUCCUCCCAUCACGCACCUACCGCGCCAGGUCACUCCGGGCGACGUCGUGGUGAAAGUGCGGGCUGAAGAUGGUGACAAAGGGGUUCCGAGACAAAUCAGAUACGGACUCGUAUCAGAGGGCAACCCCUUUACACCAUUCUUCAACAUCAACGAAACUACUGGCGAGGUAACCUUAGAACGUCCGAUCGAGGACAUAGCAGCUAUCUCUCACGCGGGCGCACCCAUCCUCCUCACUGUCGUGGCUGAAGAGGUUCGGCUGUCCAGGGAGGAGCCCGAGGCCAUGUCCUCGACCGUGCAGCUGGCCUUCAUACUGCCUGAGCGUGAAAACUCUCCGCCGUACUUCGAAAACCAGUUUUACGUGACAUACCUGGACGAGAAUGCACCCCAAGGGACAGCCCUAACUUUCAACGAUCCGUACAUCCCGCAAGUGAACGACAAUGACGCUGGCAAAAAUGGCGUGUUCUCGCUAUCGUUGGUCAACAACAACGGAACCUUCGAGAUAUCGCCGACAGUCGCCGAGCGACAUGCGCCAUUCAUCAUAAAAGUUCGGGAUAACACCAUGUUGGAUUUUGAGGCCCGCAAGUCUGUUGUGUUUCAGAUUGUAGCACAGGAACUCGGUCCAGCAACCAACUUGUCAGCGACAGCAAACGUUACUGUAUAUUUAAAUGAUGUGAACGAUAACCCUCCAGUUUUCUUAGCAGCAUCAUACGAGGUGGAAAUCUAUGAAAACGUAACCGCUGGAACGAGUGUUGUACAAGUCGCUGCUGAUGACGUUGAUACAGGAGCAUUUGGGAAGAUCCAAUACACUGCCAUAUUAGGAUAUUUAAAUACGUCGCUCAACCUGGAUCCUAUAUCAGGAGUUAUUACGGUUGCGACAAACAACCACGGCUUCGACCGCGAGGCGAUGCCAGACUUGCAUUUUUUAGUAGAGGCUAGAGAUAACGAAGGCGUAGGUUUAAGAAUAACAGUGCCAUUAAUUAUUAAGUUACUAGAUGUAAAUGACAACCCACCAGAAUUUGAAAGAUCUUUAUAUGAAUUCGUACUAUCCCCAAGUCUAAAUAACUUCACGUCAACGGCAAUCGUCAAGGCAGUUGACAAAGAUGCAGAACCACCAAAUAAUGUAGUAAGAUAUGAAAUUUUGCAAGGAAAUAACGACGGCAAAUUUGCAGUCAAUGAAGAAACAGGCGAAAUGUAUCUACUUGGAGCCUUAAAAAGAACAAAGAAACAAAACGUUCAUCGACAAAAGCGACAGUUUGAUGAUGAACAAGAGAGUGAGAAUUACGUCCUAAUGAUCGGAGCACACGACUUAGGCAUCCCAAGGUUAUCUUCAUCUACAACAGUGAAAAUAUAUCCUCCAGAAAGCAAGACCAAGACAAUGUCCUUCAUAGUUCCUGGAGCAAAUCCUGAUAGGCAGAAACUAGAGGAGCUUUUAAGUACAUUGUCAGGAGGAAAAGUCACUAUUAUUGAAAUUAAACCUUAUAAAGGUUACGAUAACGGAGUAACAGAUCCAAGCGGGCAUGCGUCUAGUCAAGAAAAAAGUGAAGUUAUAGCUGUAGUACGAAUGACAGGAAACACAGCUAUUAAUGUUGCUAAGCUCGAAGAACAACUAGCGAAAAGCAAAACAAUUUACAACACUGGAUCAGCUAGUAAUUUACCCACAGGAUCUAACACGGGUUCUGGUUCAAAUUCAGGCAAAAAUGGGGGCACUAAUUCGGGAAAUAGUAACCCGGCCUCAAACUCAGGUUCUAAUUUGGACACAAAUGAGGGAGUAAAUUUUGGACAAGGACAUAGAGACCAAACUUCAUCCAAUGAUGAUGAGUCUGUAUACAAAGCGGAAAGCCGUUUAUUGUUUUGGUUAUUAAUAUUGUUAGCAAUAUUAGUAGCCUUAGUGCUACUGUUAUUAAUAUGCUGCUGUAUUUGUGAAGGAUGCCCUCUUUACAUGCCACCGAGGAAAAGAGUGAUACGUGUCAACUCCACAGAGGACGACGUACAUUUAGUGGUGCGGGACAAAGGACUUGGGAGGGAAAACAAGACGACGCAAAAUUUAGAAAAUAAAUCUAUACAAGCGACCGAAUGGAGGAGAAGAGAAGCGUGGAGUGCCGAACAAGCAGACUUGAGGACAAAGCCAACUCAAUGGAAAUUUAAUAAGAGACAAUAUAGAGGAUCUAAGGAGCAGUCUAAACCAGCGUCAACACCGGGAGAUAUGAGACAAGAAUUUAUACACGCCGCCGAAGAUAAUGACUACAAAUACAAUGAUGGCAGACAUUCCUUCCGACAAAGAGAUGGUCCUAACAUUAUCUACACGAAGGAAAUGCAACUUCAGGAAGCUUUUGCUAAUAAACAUAAGGAAUAUAUUGAAGAUUUAGAGAACGGAUAUGACAGAAUCGCGACAUUACAUUACCAACGCCGUGAACAAGACAACGAUUCAAUUCGCAGGCAUGAAAUAGAUCGUGGCUCCGAAGUCGGCGUUUUCCUCAAGCCUGAUGGUAAAAAAAUACAAGAAAAAUCAGAUGGCAAGGGUAAAAAUCGUGCUCCAUCUUCACUCGGUCGAGAUCAGUAUUUUAUAAAAGAAGGUAAUACUGAGAUUUUAAGAUUAGUAACUCGAGGAAAAAAUGAAGAAGAAAGAUACGUUAAUCUUCCAACACAUCAACAACGACCUGUUACAUUGAUUCCACAUACUCAAUAUGUCGUAGUUGACAGUGGAAAAGAUUUAUUAAUGGAAAGGUUUAUAAGAGAACAAGGUGAAGAAGCAAAGAACAUAAGAGAAAGAAUGGAAAAAGUCACUGAUUUAGACAUGCCACAUGAUAAAGAUGGCAAAAGCUUUGGUCAGAGAUCACAAGCGGGAAGUGAUGUACCCAAUCAAUUUCAUGAUUACUCUAAUAUGCCUCUUGACGUUCCGGGAGCUAUUCCGCUCAAAGCAAAUUACUUGCAAUCCGCUCUAUUAGAGAUGCAAAACAAAUCGUCUAUACAUCAAGAACUGUUAGAAUCUUCCCUUAGAAAACAAAAUGAACUAUUACAUCAAAUACUCAUUGAACGAGAAAGGUUGAUGCAAAAUCAUGAAACAGCAUCUCAAGUGGAAAGCAAACUGGAAACACAAAGUUUGCCCGGACAUUCUGUAAUUGCUACUCAAACUGAAUGUCAUAUUGGAACCCAGACUGAACCGGAAAUUUCUAAACCUGCAAGAAGGAAAGCUAGGAGUGACAACGAUUCAUAUAGUGAAGAUGAUUCAGAAAUGGUGGUUGAAGACGAUACUAAGAGAGUAGCAUGGGUUAAGAGAAAAAAACCUAAAAAGAAAAUAAAGUACAAAGAUCCUCGAAGAAGCAUGAGAGUUUACGAGAUAAAAAGGAAAAUUAAAACACCUAUUAUAGAAGAAAGUGAAGCCUCACCAUCGUUAGAAAGUGAAAAACAUGUAAAAAUAAGUAAAACAAAUGAAAGGGAGGAACUUAUCAAAAACUAUGGUGAUAUGACUAAAAGUACGGUUACUACUUCGAAAAAUGAAACGGUAUGUUCAACUCGAAUAAAAAUGUCUGAAAGUGAUAGGAAAUCUGGACUUAGAAAAGAACUACUUAUGGAGAUAUCAGAUUCAUUAGAUGAAAAAGUAGAAUCUGAGUUGCAUGAUAAACGACAACGAUUUAAUAGACAAUCAUCUAUAGCUAUUGAAGACUCAAAUGACAGUAAUGAUUUACUCGCUUUGGAACACGAAAGCAAUGAGAGUAAAAGCAGAGCCAGCUCAGCUACGAAUCAUCGUAAUUUGAUAUUUUCAAGACAAGGAUCUUCAACUGAAGCCCGAGAAAGAGAAGGUUUAUCACCAAUCAAAUUAAAAUCACCUGAUGUAGAGGAAUCUCCUCCCAAAAAAGAAAGUACGAGUAACACAGAAUCGAACAGUAAAAAAACAGACGGGGAAUCAUCUAAAGGCGAAUUAUCUAAACCAGCUCAAAAAAGUUUACCAAGAUAUAUGCAAUGGUAUGGUAACAAAAAGUCAUCAAGUAUUGCUGCGAAAACAGAAUCUAAAUCUACGGAUAAAGUAAUCCCAAACAAACCCAAACGCCUUACUAAAACCAAAAACGAAACUGAAAAAGAAACAAAAAUCGACAAAGACAAAACGGGUAGGUAUGGAAAAAUAAUUAAUAAAGAUAACCAAGCAGAUGCUCCAGAUGUAAAAAAAAACUCCAAAGGAAAAGAAAAUGAAUUUAUACACCCUCGUUUACUAAAAGAAGAAAAAGUGACACCGGUUCCUGAAGGGCCAUUACCAGACGUACACCCAUUACUGCAGCACUCAGAGCAUAGAUAUGAGCAUCAGUACGAAAAUCAGAAUCCACUUUGUUACAUACAGCCUACUCAUAUUCCCAAGUAUCUACAACCAGAUGCUAUGCCUCGAAAACAGACUGUUGAGCAGCAACCAAUAUACGUUAAUCAAGAUGAUGUUAAGACAAAAGAUACAAAACAGGAACUCUCUGAAAGCGCAUUGACUCACAGUAUAUCUAUUUCAACUAAUUAUGAGGAUAGUCAUAAAAGUGCACCAGAAGUCCAUGUUUCUAAGAUCAACAUUGGUGGAGAUAGUGUCCCUGAUAUAGGUCACAGAAAGGUGAGUAAGAUAGACGAUAAUGACUCUGGCAUAGCUAUGAAUACGCUUGUACAACAGGCUGGUAAUAUAAAAAGGUUACCAAUAACCGAGAAGAAAAGUAUUUUUACAAUUGCCUACGAUGACGUGCAAACGAAACAAUUACGACCGGACAGCAGUUCCACUUCUUACUGAUAAAACCUCGUCUGACAAUUUGUCAUUGUGCCUUAUUGUGAUAAGAUUUGUAUUAUUAAUCCACUUCAAAGACUAUUUGGAUCCGUCCAAAAAAAAACGUUUCAAAGUAUUAAUUGUACAUAGUCAGUUUAGUCUUUCCUUGAUUAAAUUUUAAUAUAGAUUAUAAAUAAAUCAACUGCCUUUAUUUUGACGACUGGUAUACUUUAAUAAAUAAUUUAAUUUAGAAUAUAAUGUAAAUACCACAUACCUACGAUGUUGAAAUUAUAGUUAUAAAAAAUACAUUAUUUAAAUUACUCUUAGCUUUAAUUUUAUUCAAUGUACAUAUAAUAUAAUCGUCCCACAAUUUUGCAAUUUUGCAGUGUGUAAUUCUAUAUUUGUUAAAAUAUAAAGUUAUAUACUUAUUAAA